AUGGACGCCGUCCCCCGCCUGAACUGCAAGCGCAAGCAGCAAGCCGACGACGACGAGCCCGGCGACAAGCCCCGUCUGCAGCUUCAGACGCAGUGGCUCGACCGCCCCGGUCCGUUGCAGUCGCCACCCCUCGACGGCGCCGCCACUCCCCCAUAUGAGCCCACCCAUGACGCCGAAAUUCAGCACUCUCGCGCCAAGCGCCCUAGGAUAGAGCAGCUGCCACAACAACCUCCCCAGCAGUCGGCAUCCCCCGCUUCAUCUCCGGUACUUGCCCCUCUCAGGCGCACCUCCUCCCCCAGGACCGCGCGCCGGGCCGACCAGCUCCUGUCUGACCUCCAGACGCACGGCCGGCGCUGGGACUGGAUGACCGUCGAAAACGGCCAAACUCGUCUCGUCGCUUCGUUCCGGCCCACCGAAAAGCGUGGUAGAGCCUCGGAUAACAUCCUUCUCUCCCAGUCGGCGCCGACAUCACCAGUGAAUGGCUUCAGUGGCCAGGCCCCCGCUAUCCCGCCCAGACAGAGCGUGAUCAUCCCAAUCGACCCCAGCUCGAGCCAUAUACCAUCCAGAGCGCCUCCGAUCAACGCCACUACCCUCCGUGAGCUCGAAAUGAGCUCGAUUAUGCACAAUCCCCAGCUGCGCCAUGACUUCCUCUUCGAUGCUGGUCUCCAGUUCCGCGCUUCGUCUUCACGACGGAAACGCGAUCAAGCUGAAAGCUACUGGCGCGCCGUCGACACCGAGCUCAACUCCGGCUGUACAUGUGUAACGUUCGACGUUGACGGCAGGCCACAAGCCGUCUGCUGUGUCUGCAAGCGCAUCUCUACUCCCCCGGCAGAGCCCGUAAUCGCAUGUCUACCUCAGAAAAGGCGACUCACGCUCCGUAUGCCUAGUCGCAUCCGUCCCUUACUUCAGGAGUUGCUCGCCGUCCUGCUGUCGAUCAUCAAGCCACCUCCUCAACAAUCCGCUUCUGCGACACCUCCCGCAGUCACCCGAACGCCUCAAAGCCCGCGUCAGAACGAGGCGCACAUCCGUACGUUAUACGAGAUCCUCGACGCCGACCUCAUCCUGCAGGAGGUUGCACACGACGCGUUCGACCCAGCUCCGACUUUCGCGGCUCUCGCGGAGAUAUUGAAGGCUCACUGCGCGCCAAUGCGUGAUGCCGCUAUUGACGAGAUGGUCGCUCGGGUUUCGGGGCCAAACCGUACGCGGUCGGACGCUGUUCGUGCUCUGCGCGCGUCGUUUGAGAUCCUCGAGCUCAUGAAACUCGACAUCGCGAACCAUCAGAUGCAGACGCUGCGGCCGCAUAUUAUUUCCAACGCGCCCAAGUUCGAGCUCUCCGUGUUUCGUGAACGGCAUCGCGCAUCCGUCGAUCCAUUCGCUCGGACACAAGCGUGGCUCUCGGCCUCGCAUGCUCGCUUAGUAGCAUCGGGUUAUUCCCCGCCUUACCCUGUACGCGCUGUGCCCUUCCCCCAGCUUGCAUCGCGCACGCGUGUAGUUGUAGCCGCGCUUGCAGGGCUCGUCGACCUCAUCUUCGACCCGCCGGCAUCCGGCGCCACGCCAGAAACGCUCUACCUCGACAACUCGCGCCUGCAGCAACUUACCAAAGAUGCUGCCGACCUCGCCGCGUUGCACACGCUGCUUCUGCUCUUCCGACAACUGAUGCACUCGGGCGCAUCACGUCGCGACACUGCUUACGACGAUGCGCAUCUCGCUCGUGCGAAAGCCGAAGCGCGCGAGCUGUGGCCGCACAACCUUGGGCGCAGCUUUGUGCCCAUGCCGGAUUGCGAGCCUCCUCGUGCUCAGGCGGCGGCGCACCCGCAAGGUCUUCGCGCGCUCGUUCUGCAGGUCGCCGCUCGCGCAGUAGAGGCUCGCGCCGGACGCCCUCCCGUACCCGGUCCUGCGACAGCCCCGCCUUCCCAACUCAUUGCGCUGGCAGACAGCUGGGCAGAGACUCACCUGUCCCUGACAAGCCCUCUCGGCGCCAUGCUUCGCGCUCGUCUGCGUGGGGCUGUUCUGGACUUGCUCGUCCACACCGUGGUUGUUCGCGGUGCAGAUGCACCAGCCGAGGCCGCGCCGGGCCUUGUCGAGAGCGGGCUGGCGCCGCUUGCAGGCGAGGUGCGUGCACUCGUCGAGCGAUUGGCGCGCUUCGCUGUGUUGCACCUCAACGUGUACCAGACGGUGUACGAGGAGGACGGAUUCGUCAAGGAGUAA